AUGCUGGUCUCGUUGACGGUCGGCAAGGUCGAUGCCGGUGUCGCUGUCCUGCUGACCGAGGACAAGCGCCUGAUCGAAUUCCCCUCGAUCCUCCUGCCGCCAGACAUCUCCUCGGGCAGCAUUGUCGACAUCACCGUCGCCCGCAAUCACCAGUCUGAGCAAGCCGCCCAGCAGGCCUUCCAGCAGCUGCAGUCCAAAAUCUACCAGACCUUCGGCACGCGCACCCCCGAGCCGCCCGUCCUCCGCUGCCGCAAUGCCACGCAGACGUCGCUCGUGCUGGAGUGGGACCCCAUCCAGCUGGCCACGGCUGAGCUGCGCAGCCUGAGUCUGUACCGCAACGGCAGCAAGGCCGGCAGCAUCCCGCGGCCCAAGGGCAUGCAGAGCACAAAGAUUUCUGGUCUGGCUGUCGACACUGAGUACGUCUUCCACCUGGUCCUGCGCACCUCGGCUGGCACCUACAGCAGCGAGCGUCUGGCCGUGCGCACCCACAAGAUGACGGAUCUCUCGGGCAUCACCGUCACCACGGGCAUCAUGCCUGCCCAGCUCAAGGAGAGCCUCACCCAGACCAUCGAGCGCAUCGGCGCGAAGAUGAUCGACCAGGUGCGCAUCGACACGACCCACUUCGUCUGCACAGAAGGCCGCGGUCCGGCAUGGGAGAAGGCUGUCGAGAUGAACAUCCCCGUGGUCGUGCCGGACUGGGUGAAGGGCUGCGAGCGUGAGGGCCGCAUCGUCGGUGUGCGCCAGUACUACAUCAACGCCGACCCGCGCCUGCGCCAGAUGGGCCCGUCUUCUGGCCAGCAGAACCUGCCCAGCCACGGCCGAAGUCAGAGUAUGGUGCAGGCCGGCUCGAGACCCUCGCCCAUGCCCAGCCCGCGCACCGAGAUCACGCCUCCAACGCCCGAGCAAGUCCGCAAAGAACCCCCGAAUGGUACAAACAACACUCACGCAGCAGUUUCGUCGCCAUCGCAACUACAACAACAAGCACAACCGCCCCCCGAAGACUCGGCUCAAGAAGAGCAGCCUCCACCCCCGCCGCCAAAGGAAGACAGUAAGAAUCCUUCACCCAAGCCCAAUGGUGACGCCGCAGCGGAGGCGGAAGAGUCAGCGGACAGGGAAGGGGAGCUCACGCCCGAGGCUCCUCGUCAUGCUGAGGCGAGUGGAGACGAAUCGGAUGCCAACACGGAGACGCCUGCCGACGAGGGCGAUGAGAAGAGGCUUGAGGCCGGAGCUCCCGAAAGCGAGGCUGGUGCGAGUCCAAGCGUAGCCAGUUUUCAGGAUGUCGCGUUGUAG